AUGGUCUCGCACGGUGAUCUCCGAGUGAGGCUGGAUAUCAAAUCUGUCGAUGAGUCUUGGGCUCGCUUCUUCGAAGACAAUGAGGGCCCAGAUAGUACCACUGGAUCAGCAAGGGCGUUGAACCUAUCAAAGAGAUGGCUUCAAAUCUGCCCAGCCGGGAGAGAACAUAAUGAGUGUCAAGAGGCUAACGACGACCGGCAGGAAAGGAAGAUCUUACCGAGGAGACUGGUCCAUGUUGGAGCACCAGACAGUGAACCACGCAUCGUCGAAGUACACGAUACCCCUGUGCCUUACUGUGUCCUAUCGUACUGCUCGAGCAGCAAGGACUCGCUCACCACAACGGGAGACAACCUCCAGCGUCACAUGGCCGGGAUUCCACCAGACAACCUGCCCAUCCUGAUGCAAGAUGCUGUUCAUGUGACUCGAUCACUGGGCUUCGAGCAUCUCUGUACCGACGUCCUGUGCAUUGUUCAAGACGAUGAGGAUGACAGGGCUCAUGAAGCUGCGGUGAUGGACGCCAUCUAUUCCAAUGCUGAACUGACAAUCUCCGCUCUCGUGUUGGGCGACUGUCACACAAGCUUGUUCACUCCUAGAUCAGGCCGGAUUGUACUCCCCGUCCCUUUGCCUAUCUGGACACCUAAACCCCAACGUGCACCUCACAGAUGCAGAGUUGUGUGUACCGAGUGGUUGCAGAGGGACGUGGACCUACCCGACUCUGUGCUCUCCCAGGGCUGGGCGUUCCAAGAGCAGCUCCUAAGCAAAAGAAUUCUCCACUUCGGUGACGGAAUACUGUAUUGGGAAUGUCUCCACCACUACACGAUUGGGGCGGAUCCUGGUGGCGAGGAUGGACGAAUCUGGAGGAAUCGCAUUAGGAGACAUGAUACGAAGCUGGCCAUUCAUGCUCCCGCAUCAAUAGGUGCAGAUCCCGAGUUGAAACCAAAGAGAUUUUAUCAAGAGCCAUUCGAGAUAUGGAAGAAGCAAGUCGAGGGUUUCACAAAACGAGACCUUGAAAAGCCCCACGACAAACUGCCCGUCAUCGCUGCCGUUUCCACACGCCUAGCUGCCGCCGCCCACAGUAGCAUUCUCUGCGGGAUCUGGAAUGGAGAUCAAUUACUGGAGAGCUUGUGUUAG